AAGAACACAUCGUCCGAGAUUCAUUGCCACCAAAAACCCACCAAAUUAACAUCAGGAGCUUUGAGCCGUCCCAUAAAUACAAGUGCGAUGUCCAUUCUGCUCCUCUGAAAACUUCUGGCUCCGGAUUCCCCUUCAAAUCGUUUCGCAAUGAUACCCCAGUGCUGGCUCAUUCGAUUUCUCAAAUCAUUCAUCCUCGCGGUUCUUUCUCACCAUUCAAAGCUUUAACGCACUCAGCCCUACCGAAAAUAAAGCAGCAAUCUCGCAUUCUCCCUGGCAAGGCUUCGCAGGAUCCUCCGCUCCUUACGCAACCACGGGGAGUAGAGUUUCAUCGCUUGGCAGAUGUGCCUACUUUGACCACAUUUCACGACGACAUCGAUAAUUUGUCACAUAGAGAAGAGGGUCUUACCAAAUCCAAGCCGUACAUUAUGCCUUUACUAAAAAAGGCAUCACGAAAAGAUUCACCAACCACAUCACUGGAUCUGUCACACUCAUCCUUAGAGCAUGGCGGUUUAGGAAUCAUCGCAACUUGCGAGAAAGGGCGCCAGAGUAACUCAGUCGCUGAUUUAGCCAAUCGAAAGAACAUCCCUGGUCUUCACCACCGAUCAACUAGCGGGACUUCCCAAUUUUCUUCUGCGAGUAGUUCCAGUAUGAACAAGCCAGGUUCGCAGAAUAUUCACCUGAUGCGUCAAGCAACUCGCUCUUACACCCCACCAUUAAGUCAAUCACAUCAGGCCUCGGUAUUCGAGAGCGAUGCCUCUGGCAAUAGAGACUCAGUUGAGGGUGAGCUCUUAGGCUGGUCAGGCUCCGACACGUUCUAUCCGUCUGUACAAGGCUGUCGGGUUCACACACCCAACGGGCGCACCUCCAAACUGGAGGGAGCGCCUCCACGAACAUCUCUCAUCAUGGUAUAUGAUUGGGAUGGAAAGCGGGACAUCUGCUAUCAGAUGUAUAUCAAAGACAAAAAAGCUUUGGAGGAAAUUAUGGAGUAUAUGAAGAAUGUAUAUCAAUUCGCACCCAGCCAGCGAGACAUGCUUCGAAUACUGAAUGAAGAAGGUUUCGAAAUCAAAGAGAGAGAGCUCAUGCGGUCAACUAUGCAAGCAUCCGCACAACUAUCAGAAGAUGAAGGCUUGCUUGCAUUGCAGCAAGAAGUUUACAAGAAUGAGAGCUCAUUCAAUGACACUGAGCCUCUCCUUACUGACACAGCAAGCCCACGUCCCCCGUCGCCUGGCUUGUCACCAGAAGUUCUAGCCAAACGCAAGGAACGACUAGAACGAUUGAAAGCAGAAAGUGCAGAACGCUGGGCUACCAGAAAGCGCCGGCGCCGUACUCGAGGAUGGGCAGGGCUGCCAGCCGAUCCCCCGGGACCCCCGCGCUUUCCCUCUGAAACGACUAUUGAUGAGAGUAAAAAGCACUUGAACCUGGAUAACGUCAUGUAUCGUCAAAUCAGGGAUCAGUUCCAGAAAAUUUGCGAGGAUGCUGGCUUCAUCAAGAAAACAGUUGCUGGGCCCGAAAAAUGGCAAGAAGCCAAAAACAAACUGAUCCAAGAAUCACAACACCUUCAACAUAUAUUUUGGGAGGAUCCUAAUCAACUUGAUGCAAAGGCCCUUGCUCUUGAUGUUGUCUGCACAGAUGUCACGAAGAGGAUGCGCACCUUGGAGAGGCGAAUGACCAUUGCGGAAGCUAAAAACGCUCUUGGGGUUAAUCCAGAGGAAAGCCGCCAAAUACGGAAUGCAUUUUACAAUACACUGAAAGCGGAUCAUUUCACAAGCAAACUAGAGGCUGGUGAUGAGCACUGGACGAAAUUGAAGGAGCAGUGGAUUCAAAAUUCUGAGCUGCUUCAACAUAUUUUGGCUCCAGGGCCAACGGAUACAGAACACACUACCAAAUUAAAAGCUUUAGAGGUUCUUUGUCGUGAUGUCAUGAAGCGACUUCGUGAUGAUCAAACUAAGAGGGACCCAGCCCGUAAACACUCUAGUCCUCAGGAACAUACUCACUGUCCUGAUUUGGGAAGCUCUCAUAUUGGCAAUGCCUUUAGUGGCAGUAUAACUAACGGAAUCAGUACACUUGCUUCACAGGCUCUUGCAAGUGCUCCAGUGGCUUCUAGCGAUCUAGGUGACUUGCAGAUAGACCCCUCACUCCUGCAGGCAGCUAAUGAUCCCUCGUUUGCCACAGUCGACCAUCAGGACUCGGGUCAUACCUUUGGAUACGUGGACCCCUUAUUAGAGCCUUCUACUAUGCAAAUUCUUGUGUAUCUUCGCAUUCACGCUCAAAGUUCAUUGCAUGGGGAUUCCAAACCCUGGAUUGAAAAACUGACAACGCGAUCUGUUGCUGAACUACGCCAACUAGUCAACACCAGAUAUCCAGACACCUUUAUUACAAAGAUUGAGGGCACGGACAAGGAUGAGAAUGGGCAUGAGAUAUCUUUCGUUAUAGACGAGGACCACGAAUUUGACGCUUACUUGACUCACAUGCAAGGGAGAAAAGCUUCGUUUCUUUUUAGCUUGGAACAAGUCUAA